UGUGGAAUUAGGGUUAGGCUCUAGAAGAGGGGCGGAGCUGCUUCCGUGCCUCUCUCUUUCGCAAUCGAGACUUGACGCCUCGCGCCUUCGGCUCUCUCGCUUGCUCUGCACUUGACAACGUUGCAGGUCUUCUCGCCUCCGCUUCUCAUCAUGGAUACCGCCGUGAAGUUGGCUAUUGUGAUGAAGGUCAUUGGGCGCACUGGGUCCCGAGGACAGGUGACGCAGGUGCGCGUCAAGUUCUUGGAUGAUCAGAACCGUCUUAUCAUGCGCAACGUUAAGGGGCCAGUGCGUGAAGGUGAUAUUUUGACCCUCCUCGAGUCUGAGCGCGAGGCAAGAAGGUUGCGAUGAAGAACUCCUAUCUCCUAUGGCAGGCCACUGGAGCAGUACUGGAAGUUUAGCUGUGCUCAUACGUGUACUCCUGGACUUCUCCACAUCUUGACAAUCUCAAGUUGUGCAUAGAUUUAUUCUUAAAAGUGUUGUUCUUGAUACGAAUACUGUAAUUGGCCUACACUGUAUGUUUUGGUGUUUUAGUGAAUUUCUACGUCUGGUCUUAUAUUUCA